UAUUGUUGUUUGCACACAAAAUGUUUUACUUGUUUUACCAUUGAAAGUUAAAAAAUCAUUCAAUGUCACGUCCGAUUGGCAAAAAGACCAAGUUGUCUGUUAAAUCAAAGGAAAUUAUGGGCAAAAUUACGAAGAGUGUCGAAGAAAAAAUAACAGAAAUCAAGUCAAGAAACCAUGAGGAGGGUUCGCCACUUCACAGACCGAAAUCCGAUGCCCACAAGCCGGAUCUAAAAACGAUCGCAGACAGCAAGGAAAAUUCUAGCGUGUCGGAUUCCGAAGAUUUAUCCGAGAGUAGUAUAUCGAAGACUUGUGGCAUCGUUUCUACCACAGAAGGUGUGGAAAUGUCUAGUGACGAAGACACUCCAUCGUUAGAAAAAGAUAAGAAAGACGAAAAAUAUCUCUCUGUUACGCCCUCUAGCUUUAAACACAAAUUUCGAUUUUUUAAAAAGACACAUCAUGAAGAAGGAACGAUCAAAACCAACGACUUAUCCAAAUUGUACAACAUUAACACCGAAAACAUAGAACAGGCUCUACCAGAAGAUUCGGAGGGGGUAGAAAAUGCCGUUGAUGCGCUCGAAGAAUCUAACCUCAAGCCUGAGCCGUCACCUGUUAAAAUUUCGAAUGAGGAAAUCUUGAAAACAGUUGCUCAGAAAAUCAAUAAUGUAGAGAUCGACAGUGAGAAUGUGAUUCAUGUUAAAGAAGUGCAAGGUACUGAUAUUAGGGAAAAGUAUUUUGAUUGUAAAGAUGAGGAGAAAAUUGUUUUCGCGCCUACAGGUUUCGUGGAUUUGCGUCCUAUUGCAACUACGAAUCGUCCAUUUUAUAAUUAUUUAUCCGUACUAGUCCUACUGGCAUCCAUCCUUGUUUACAGCAUAAUACAGUAUUAUUCACCAUAUUCUGCCGGAUUAGUGUCGGGAGUGUUUCUUGUUACUAUAUUUUUAAAAGUUUAUUUCAAAUUGUAUCCCAGAAGUACGGAACAACCAGUAUCCACAAUGCCAAUGCUGUCGAAUAAGAUAUACGAAGUACAAGCUGUUAAAGAGUACCAACCGGUUGAGAAGUAUGAGGGUUGGCUAAAUGAAUAUCCUGAUAUAUACAACCACGAAACUUAUCAUAUAUCCAGGACCCAGUCAGUAUUCUUAAGGUUACAAGGUAAUCUACUAAGAAUCAGUCACGCUAAAAAUAAAGUAGCGAAACGGGCUAUGUGGAACGAAUCAGAGAUCAAGGCAAAUUUCACCCAGCACAGGAUAUACAAUAUGUUGGGUGCAAAGGUGUGUUUGUUACCAGAAGGGUUAGCUAAAAUAAGACAUUGGAGCAAAAAAUACCCAAUCUGUAUUACUUUAGCCAAAGAUCAAUUAUGUUUCGAUCAAGAACUUUUAUCGAAGAUGGAAGCCGACUUACAGAAAGACACUGAAAGCGAUAAUACUCGUUCCACAGACAAGGGUAAACUGUUCACUUCAUCAGGUAGGGAGAAAAAGGGAUUCAACAAGUUCAGGAAGAAAGAGUACCCCAUUUUGGCGCAGAGGUUUAGUAAAUUAACAGAAGGUGAAGAAUUCGAUCUAGAUUCAGAUUCCAGGGCUAGUACACCAUCAGCUGAUAUCUCGGAUAUAGCUGAUUCCCCUGCCCUAGAAGAUGAAGAACUCUUAAAUACAAAGGACGAUAAAAACGGAGAAAAUGGAGAGGAAACAAAUAGUUUGAUUGAUGAAUCUUCAACUCCUCCACAAGACACAAGCGAAAUAAAAAUUUAUUUGUUUGGACGAACCGACAGAGAGAAAGAAGACUGGUAUAGGAGAUUGUGUACCUCUACUCAUAGGGAAUUAGGCUUAUCUUCCUUAGAUUGUAGUACCCCCGAUUCCAAAGAUAAUCCUCUCUCGAGUCAUAUAGAAACUACUGAGUCCGAAUUGGAAUAUUUAAGAUAUAUGAGCGCCUUUAAGCCUUCCAGAAAGCAGACCAAGUCUCCCAAAGAAAACGAAAAAGGCGACACCGAACAAAAUUCAGACACAGAGGAUCAUAGAGAAGAUAGUAUUCUAUGGCUCAACGCCCUCAUUGGCCGAGUCCUUUUCGACUGUGUCAGAAACGACAGUUUUAUUGAUAAAGUCAAAGAUCGAAUACAGAGGAAGUUAUCGACGAUAAAACUCCCCUACUUCAUAGAGGAACUUCUCGUUCCAGAGCUCUCUUUAGGAAAAACCUCACCGGUUAUUAGGCGGACCAGUAAACCUGUGAUGGACGAGAGAGGACUGUGGAUAGACUUGGAUAUAAUAUAUGACGGACUGAUUGUACUUGCUUUACAGACUAAACUUAAUUUGAUGAGACUGAAAAACCCGCAAGCUUAUGACAAAUCUGCUAUAGUUAAAUGUGCUAUAUACCACUCCGAUGUCGAUGAUUCUGCCGAAAGCAGUACAGAUGAGGAAGGACUGCAUGAGCUACCCAAUACUCCUCAAGAUACCACAACAGGAAGUCAUGGCAAGAAAAAUCUGAUGAAGAUGGUAGAUCGGUUGGCUGAAUCGAAGUUUUUCCAAGCGGCUACCGAGAAUCGGUACAUUAAGAAGGCCAUGGAAGGUGUUUCAAAUACAGAUCUUCGAUUGACGGUAGAAGUAAAGUCGAUCGUCGGGACUCUAGUCUUAAAUAUUCCCCCUCCACCGACAGAUCGUAUCUGGAUAGGUUUCAGGCCGGUUCCCGAAAUUUCCCUGUCUGCCAGACCAAUCGUGGGCGAGAGAAACAUUAGUUAUAUUAUGGUAACUAGUUGGAUCGAGAAAAAAUUAGUUCAAGAAUUCCAGAAAGUAUUGGUGAUUCCCAACAUGGAAGACUUGGUCAUACCUGUGAUGAAUCCAAAAUUGCCGGAUUAAACAAAAUUGUUGUAAUUAUUUCAUUUACUUGGUGAUAGAAAAAAUACAGGGCAAACAAGGUGUCGAUUAACACUUAGUCGUAUUUUUUAAAAAGGAGUUCCAAUUGUCUUAUUGUCGCGUAGUGACGUUACUUGUUCUAUUUAAUUAAAAAUACGGAGAGGCAGUUGAAAUAAGAGAGGUUGAGUUAAAAGAAGUAUUAGAGGUUAAGUAAAAGUAUUUCCAUUAAUGGUUCAAUAAUCAUUAUGCAAGCUUUGCUUUCUGUUGGACCUGGAGUAUUUUGUGUUUCAACCUGUUUUCACCUUUUUUCCAUAUUUGUUAUCUCCAGUAUUUUUCUGUAUCUUCUUCCAUCACUUUUCUUCAUCGUAUAAAUAUUUGAUUGUUGAUCUUUUACCUGGUUAUAUCUACUCCGUUAUCGCUCUUAAAAUGUUUGUCUUUUCUCUAAACAGUGUGACCAUGUAUUCAUAUGUCAACUACAUGUAUAUUUCAUGUUUUAUCCUUUUCGUUUCUGUGGACUUCUUAGCUAUAUUUUUACAAUUUCUGACGUUUAAUCUCAUGUCCUUUCAGAAUUUUCCCUGAUAGUCUUCUACUGUCCUUCUACGUGAUUUAGCCAUUGUUUUGUUAUUGUAGCUAUUAUAAUUAUAUUAUCUAUUUACUUGAUCUUCUUAUCCACAUAUAAUUUAACCUUUUCCCGAACUAAUUUUCCUUUCCCGUAUUUACUAAUAGACUAGGCGGCAUCUGUAGAAAUUCAGACCAUAAUGGAAAUUUCGAGGGAAGCUAUUUUUUUUGCUGGAAUCCCUUCAGGAUAUGCCCAGUAUCGAUAAUCACGAUAUGCGCCAGUCGCAAACCCUGUGCUAAAUUUUUUAUUUAACAAAAUCUGAAAACAAUUGAAAAUUUCUCAUUUUUUGCUCCUAUUUUCAUUUAUAAUUCGAAAAAUAUUGAUCUUAG